CUCACAUGGACUCGUCAGUAGGGAAAAGGGUUCUUGGCUCUUCGUUCGCUCUCGUGCCAAAAAAGAAUCGUGUUCCGCUAACGAUAGAGUGGUAACCUCUCGCAGAAUCUCCCAUCAUAUGUACGUACUGAACGAAGGAACGAAGGAACGAGGAACGAACGAGCGAACGAACGAACAUGGCUGGGGCAAUAGUGGAACUCGAAGAAGCGUCUUGGAUCACGGUUCAUGUUUCCUUUUGACGUGGCUCUCUUUUGUACGCUUAGCGCUCUUGGGUGUUCCAAGUUCAUUCCCUCAUUUUGUCAGCUUAAGACGGCUUAGAACACUCACUUCAUGCCACAUAAGUGGACGAUCGAGGCAUAGAGGAGGAGGAGAGGAUCGAGGAUCGAGGACGAACGAGAGGAGAACGAAGAGGACGAAUAAGGGGUUAAUGUUGUUGGGACCAGCAAAGGAUUGAAGAGGAUCGUUGGCGUGGUUGUUGUUGUUGACGGCGUCGUAGUUGCUGUCGGCUUCGCCAACGAAGGAGGUGGUGUUGUUGGUACCCGUGGUGUUGAUGGGGAAGGUGGUGUGGAUCGUGAUUCACGGAGGACUGAUUGGAACCAAAAGUCGUGAAACGUGUUGAAAGCCAGAUGGAGUUAGAUCGCCGACGGGAUAACAGCCCAGCCGACAACAUUCCAACAAAUUGGAACGUGUCGCGAGAUCCAUAAAAACUGUGACAGUGAAAGAGAGUAAUUGUUCUGGCUGAACAGCCAGUCCGGCAAAAAACGGCACAGACAAAAUGGACUUGAACACGGAUCAAGACUUCCUGGUCAAAUGUGACUCAAUCACACAACACCAUCGAAGACAUACACAAUCCGACAACCACUCUUCAAGUAGAAGCGGUCCCCUGUUGAAGGACCCUUCAAAUAAAACUCCAACCAGCUCAAGAAUACCAUCGCAAUACCACGUUCCAUGGAGUAUCCUCCUGUUCCAAUUAACAAUUCUAGUCUCAAUGGGAAGCAAAACGGUGGCCGGUCUCAUUCCGGAGUUCCUAUCCUACAAAACGUGUGCCGAUGCUCCCCCAAGUUUUUCGGGUUGCAUGUCCAAUGUCACUGCCGAUCUGGGCGAGAGAGUGGUACUGAACUGCCAGGUCGAUCCGCGAUGUGUGAUUCAAUAUCUCCAUUGGUACCACGAGCCCAUGGUGGGCGACAAACGUCUUCUCAAGACUGGAAAGAGUUCCAAUGACCCCUAUGUUCAAACUAUCAACCGUGUCGAAGAGCACAACUUUGGGCGCUACAUCUGUGUCAUUGCUAACGUGGCGGGUGAAACCGAAUGUUCAGCGUAUCUUGCCAUUCGGAGUUCAAGCAGGAUAGUCACCCUGAGUCUCUCGUUAUUCAUGGGGUGUGCCAUUCUGUCCAUAUCAACGAUGAUUCCGAAUCAAUUAUUCCUGACGGAAGCGCGAAGGCGGCGCUGAGAAUCCAUCCAAUUCACUGAUGACAAUAACAAUGUAUCCCACUUAUAAGUGCAUGUCAAUUAUUCCUUUCGGUGAGAUGAAGUCCCCCAUAUUAUGACAUAAAUAUUAUAGACAUGCAAAUUCAAUCUUAUGCGAAAGAAUGCUUGGUUAGCUGUCUCCGAGCUCUUCUAUGGCCUUACAUAUUGAUUUGAAACCACCUCAAGGGGGUUCUUAUAUUCGCAAUGCCCUUAUCAAUUCCCACCGCGCAAAUACUCCUGUGAAUUUGAAAAGAGCCGAAUUUCCAAUAAAGGUGCUGGUUUCUUGACGAUUGCGAAUCAUAAAGCCUUUUCAUCAUCACUUUCCCAUUUGACUCUAGCCGUUCACCUCAGGGCCUUUGAACGCGAACGCAUGCAAAGGAGUCACAUAAACUUGAAAUUAGAUAUUGAUAUGUGGGUUUAAGAGUUAAGAGCGGAUGAAAUCAACCUUGACGAUUGCCACCAAAGGUGAAACAAGUACGUAGUGAAGAACCAUGAAGACGAUCGCCGGAUUUCCAAGAGAGUGGAAAACUUCUUACAAGCACCAAGAUUCCACCAAAUAUAGAAAUGGUUCGUUGCCCCACAUAAAUGAGCUGGAGAUCAAUAUUGAAGAGAUUGAUUCAGCACAAAUUUCGAGAGCUGUACACGCAAUACAAUCCCAAGCAACAAUCAAUGAUGAGGAACCACCUGGUUAUCCAGGGUUCCUAAAAGUAAAUGAGGCGAAACCGGUUCUCUCAUUGGCCAAAUCGGACAUUGGAGGGUCAGUUUUCGAAUUGGGAGAUGACGCCAGAAAACGUCUCCAAAACCGUGGGAAUAGUGUGUCGAUGAAGAAGAAAAGUUUCGGGAAUAAAGGUUGCCUAAGAUUGACUGAGGCUGGUAAAGGUCUAUCUUCGGCAAUGUCGGUGGUUUAUGCCAUGUUCUUGGUCACCUUGUGCAUGGUUUUCACAACAACUGAACUGGUUUCCGACCAGAUUCCGAUGAACUAUUUUGAAAGUUGUGGAUUCUACACCUAUUUAUAUGCUGUCAGCAACUCGUUCAUCCUCUAUCUAUUCACUUACGUCCUGAGAGCCAGAUUUUCAGGAUCCCCAGGAAAAGCUCUGGACUUUGAUGCGGAACAAUUCAUCCAAAGGUUCACUGCAAUAACUGGCCUGAAUGUCCAAGAGAUUCCUUGUGAGGCAAACCCAGAGGAAUGUUUGGAACAACCAAGAAGAUUUUCCAUCCGACCCCCCUCAGCAUCCCAAUCACAAAGUCUUGAUCAAGCAACAGAGUUUAGAGUAAAACUGAUGACAUCCCAGAAUCAAACCAGUCAUGGGAGCCUCUUUCUCCGAUUGGGGGCCAUUGUUUUCGGGUUGGGAACCUUGAUUUACACUGGCUUGGAAUUUCUUGUGUUCUUCGAGGUCCCAAGUUCUUGUCCGUCUUGGUCCGUCCUUUUGGGCAUCAACCCAAUUCUCUACAUGGUAUUUGUCUUUAUACAGAUGUAUUUCGUGUUCAUGCACGCAAGGCUCAAUAUCAACCGGAACAAGAUCGUGGCCAAGUUUGGCAUGAUGCAUCUAGUAGCUACCAAUACCUGCAUGGUCAUUCGCACUUUGGUAAAGGAGUCAGUCAAGGAGCUACAGUACAGAGUCGAAUCCGAGCACGAGAAAUUGGAUUGGAGCAAGAUGUUUCGGAAUCAAGAUUGCCUCAAGGAGCAGAUCAUUGGGGAUACCAUGGAGAACAGCUCGGUCUAUUUAUUUCCGUUUAUGAUCGAAUAUUCCUUUAUUGGGUGCUCCGUGGUGUACAGCAUGUGGUCCCAUAUUGGUGAGAACCCAGAUUAUGUGGUAUUAGAUGACAAUUCCGGGGCUCAACCGAUUUCUGGACAACGUCACGUGCGAGAACCAUUAGAUUGGAGUGCUUCGAGUGUCGGCCUUUUUUUGGGUCUUCUGGCCUUGGUGACCUUAAUCAUCUCCAUGAUACUUCAUUUUGCCCUUAUUGAUCAACAUGAUUACACCACCUUAGCCAUCACGAUUGACAGCUCGAUCGAUAGUGUCAUCAACGUGUGCAUGAUUGUUGGAAGCCUCGUUGGAUUCCUUCAAAUCCAAAAUCUGGUUUUAAUCAACUCGCAUCAUGUUCAAGCAGACAAAAUUAUGAUCAUCACUGGCUUUGGGAUCUCUUUGUAUAAUACAUUUACAAGCCUUGCUGGGCUUUUGAAUACAAGUCAGCAAGUCCUCGAAGACCCAGCCUUCGUGAUCACGAACGGAUUUCUUGAACUCAUUCAGGUGUGCGUACAGAUUCUAUUUAUCACCGACUUACGGCACAGAAGGAUCGAUGUCACCCAAACGAGCAGACCUGGACGACAGGUUGUGACUUUUCUUACAAUUUGUAAUCUCGGGAUGUGGAUUACCAGCAACUUUGAGAUCCAGAAGGUAAAUUCCAAGCCGGAUCAAGUGGAGUUUUAUGGCUUCUUUCCGUGGAUUGUGAUCCAGCGAAUUACACUCCCAUUAUGUGUUUUCUUCCGUUUCCAUUCUUGCGUGGUGCUCGCGGAGCUUUGGAAGAAUUGCUACAGGAUCAAGAGGGAAGAGCGGAUCUCGACCAACUCGACGGCCUCCGUCAUCUCGGGAGGAUCUACCCAAUAGAUCGAUGGUCAGUUUGAGGGAAACGUGGUUGAAGUACAUACACAGAGCCGGGGUAUUAUGGGACAUAUGUGCUCGAGAACGCUCCAUACAAAACACUACACGAUGAUGAUGAUGAUGAUGAUGAUGAUGAUGAUGAUGAUGAUGAU